AUGGCUCAUUUUCCACAUCUCAAUUACAAUGAACUUAUCCAAGGUAGUGGAGGAAUUUUGACCUAUGUAUAUAGGUGGAAAAUAACAAACUGGAGCGAAGUACAACCUUAUAUGGAACAUACCAGUACGCCUUUUAGUGCCGACGGUUUACAGUGGGUUUUUAAGUUCUAUAAGGGACGACAGAAAAACCCACAGGCUUUGUCAUUAUAUUUAGGAAUUUUAGAGACAACACCGGGAUGUCUUCGUGGAAUUAGAAAAAAAGUCAGUAUCAUCUUUGUGUUGGAGAACUUGAGAACGAAAGGGAUGGAUUUCGGAAAAAAUUCACCACCAAAAAUCAACAAUCCAUUUGAUAAACUAGUAAACUCUCCACGUUUUUCAGACGUUACAUUUCGAGUAAUUGAUGAUAAUUCACGCGAGAAAGUAUUCUACGCGCAUAAAGGAAUUUUAGCAAGUAGUUCUCCGGUAUUUGAAGCAAUGUUAACAAACGGAAUGAAAGAAUCUUUUGAAGAUGAAAUUAAAUUAUGUCAAGCAAAUCAUUCCGCUUUCAUUUCUUUGUUAACAUUUAUAUAUACUUUUCAUGUAAAUAUCGUAUCUUUACGUAACUCAGAAAAUUUAUUGGAAUUAGCUGAUAGAUUUGAGAUUAUCCAUGUGCGAGAGGAAUGUUUGCGUUACUUCCGUUUAGAAUUGAAUGUUGAUAAUGUAUGGGGAAUUUGGGCCAUUGCAGAAAAAUAUUGUUGUUCUAAAACAUCAUCAACAUGUCGUGAUUUUGUCGCAUUGUAUUUUGAUAAUCUUUUGGAUAACUCAUCUACGUUACAUGCUAAUCCAAAUAUUUUGCAACUUGCACUUGAAAAUGAUGAAGCAAAUGUGAAUUCUGAGGAGAAAAUUUAUGAAUUAGUAGUUCGUUGGGCGAAUCAUUCAUCCUCCUUAGAUCAAAAUGUACCGCCGUCGGAGAAUUCUUCAACCAUUCAGGUUAACGAUUCACCACCGCCAUCCCCUUCAACAGCAUCAGCAUCGAUGCCAUCAGAACUUCCCGAAAAUUUUGAAGAUUUAAUUGACAUUGACAGUGAGAAUCUUUAUAAAUUAAACAAUGAAGCAGAUAAUGAUGACUCAAAUAAAUUUCCCAAGCCAUGGAGUGGCGAUAGACUUGCAGCACUUCCUUCUCUAUUGAAAUGCGUUCGAUUUCCUAUGAUGAAAAAACAAUUUAUUUUUGAAGAAGUUGAAGGAAAUCCUAUUGUAAUGGCAGCAGAUGGGAUGAAAGAUCUGGUUAUUGAAGCAUAUCGACAUCUGUUAAUGCCUGAUGUUCCUAAUUCUACUAACAGAGUUAAACACCGAAAACGUAAGGGGAGCGGAAAAUAUUGA